AUGCAGUGGUGGCGUAAUUCCGGCGUGGGAAGGUGUGACUCCGGUGGUUUGCGGCGCAACAAUGAGGACUAUUUUACGUUUGUGAAUUGGUGGAGAGUUGUUGUUGUUAUUACCAUUUCGCGCCUUGCUCACCACGUGCUCGAUGAAAUUUCUAAGCCGGGUGAUGAUGAUAAUGGAGGAAGUUUGAAGUUGGUGAUGGUGGAACUGCAAGUUUGGAAAUAUUAUGAUUAUGGAGAUUUCAUGAAGAUGAAGAUGAAGAUUGAAUUGGUUUAUUCAAUGGAGAUGAAUAUGAAUUUGAUGGAGAUUAAGGAAAUUGGGGAUUUGAAGAAGAUUGAAGAAAUUUUUGAGAGUGAAUUUGUGAAGAUGAAUAUGCAGAAGAAGUGGUUUGAAAAAGAGUGA